CUCCCCCGUCUCUCUCUCUCCGGGAGAACACACACAAGGAAAGAAAUUCCGAAAACGGAAAGAUAAACAAGAAGAAGAAGAAUCUCAUCCUCAUCAUCACCGGAGAAUCCGAAAUGGAAUCACGACGGCGACGGAAAGGUUGUUGUGCAGCUGCUUCUGCUAGUGUUGGUGGUGGUUAUGUUUAGUUUCGAUUCUUAAAAGACUGUGUUAGGGUUUGGAGAUUCGGUUCAGAACGGUUGUUUGUUCCUUAGGGUUCAGAUACAUAAUACAUUAGCUCCGUAGGUGUUAGAGUGAAGUUUCUUUUACAAAUGAGCAUUUUCGAAGAUGAGUGGGUUUUUUCUGGCAAAAUUUGUUAUUAAUGGAAAAUUCUACUGAUAAGACGCUAGCUGAGCUAGUUGAAUUUGUGAAAUCUUGGAUAUCGAGGAGAAACACUGAGCCAGCAAACUACUCUAGGGAUUUUUGGAUGCCCGACCAUAGCUGCAGGGUAUGCUACGAAUGUGAUACGCAGUUCACGAUAAUCAACCGUAGACAUCAUUGUAGGCUGUGUGGAAGGGUCUUUUGUGGUAAGUGUACUGCCAAUUCAAUCCCUGUACCAUCUGCUGCUCCGAACAACAAGACAAGCCGAGACGACUGUGACAGGAUACGGGUUUGUAGUUACUGCUUUAAGCAAUGGGAAGAGGAAGUAGCGAACGUUGUGGUGCAUAAUGGGACGAAUGCGCAGUCUAGGAAGCAACAGGGUCGUCUCAGCCCUACGGUUUCUACUACGAGUUUCACGAGCACCAAGUCUAGUGCCACUGGAAUUAGCAACUCUAGUGUUAUUAGUUCAGUGCCGUACUCGGCUGGAAAUUACCAGUUUGGGGCAUACGGUUCUGGGCUCAGCAUUGAUCAGUCUUCCCAGAUAGAUCUUGGUGCGGCGCCAGAUAACAAGCCAGAUAGAGCAGCCGAUGUAGCAGCUUCUACAAGUACCACCACAGGUCCUACAGGGGAACACACGCGCGAUGCAUCUCCUGACCCAUUUGAAUACUGUAUGAACAGGAGUGAGGAUGAUGAUGAGGAUGAUGACAUUUAUGGAUACGGUGUUUAUAGAUCCAAUUCAGAACCAACACACUUUCCUCGGGGUGAGGACUAUUAUGGCCCACUUGAAGAGAAUGCGAUUGAUUGUGUUUAUGGACCACAUAAGUUGCAUUCUGAUGAAGAAAAUAACAUCACGAAAGACUCCAGAGGCUCUUUGGUUAACGGGGAUUUGGAUUGUCAAGGGUUGGAAGAUGACAGGAGGGUUGAUGGAGAAGAGAAUGGGGGACAGAAUAAUGGUGACGAGUGUGACACAGCUUUAGUGGAUGGUGUGGAUGCUGAGCCUUUGGAUUUUGAGAACAAUGGACUGCUCUGGCUUCCUCCUGAACCCGAAGAUUUAGAGGACGACAGGGAGGCUGUUGAGUUUGGCGAUGAUGACGAUGAGGAUGCUGCAGGGGAGUGGAAAACCCUGCGCUCUUAUGGAAGCUUUGGUAGUGGUGAAUACCGUAGCCGGGACCGGUCAACCGAGGAGCACAAGAAAGCAAUGAAGAAUGAGGUUGAUAAGCAUUUCAAGGCUUUGGUGUCUCAGCUCUUGCAGGUUGAGAAUCUAACCGUGGGUGAGGAAGGUGACAAGGAAAGUUGGUUGGAAAUAAUUACAUCUUUGUCAUUGGAGGCUGCUACAGUCCUUAAGCCAGAUACAAGCGAGGGUGGAGGAAUGGACCCUGGUGGAUAUGUUAAGAUCAAGUGUUUGGCUUGUGGGCGCCGAACGGAGAGUAUUGUUGUUAAAGGAGUUGUUUGCAAGAAAAAUGUUUCCAACCGGCGGAUGACUUCAAAAAUUGAGAAGCCCCGUUUUCUUAUCCUUGGCGGAGCUCUUGAGUAUCAACGGGUGUCUAAUCAUUUAUCAAGUUUUGAUACUCUACUGCAGCAGGAAACAGAUCAUUUGAAGAUGGCAGUAGCAAAGAUAGUUGCUCAUCAUCCCAAUGUCUUAUUGGUGGAAAAAUCAGUUUCACGUUUCGCUCAAGAAUACCUCUUUGAAAAAGACAUAUCUCUUGUUCUCAAUAUCAAGAGGCCUUUGUUAGAGCGUAUAGCACGCUGCACAGGUGCACAAAUAGUUCCUUCAGUUGAUCAUCUUUCAACUCAAAAGCCGGGUUAUUGUGAAGCAUUCCAUGUGGAGAAGUUCCUUGAAGCACAUGGGAGUGCUGGGCAGGGAGGAAAGAAAUUGUUGAAGACGCUUAUGUUCUUUGAAGGGUGCCCGAAACCAUUGGGUUGUACUAUCUUGCUAAAGGGCGCCAAUGGCGAUGAGCUGAAAAAAGUUAAACAUGUUCUCCAUUACAGUGUCUUUGCAGCAUAUCACUUGGCAUUGGAGACUUCUUUUCUUGCUGAUGAAGGUGCCUCUCUUCCAGAACUUCCGCUGAAGUCUCCCAUAACUAUUGCCUUGCCCGAUAAACCUUCAAGUAUUGAUAGGUCAAUAUCUACUGUACCUGGAUUCGCGGUUGUUCCUACCAUAUCCAAACCUCAGGGAUCUCCAUCGAAUAUUGACUCACAAUCUGAAAUAACCUCCCCAGCCCCUCUCUGCAAAAGAAGCUUGGUUUUUGCCCAAUCAUCCGGUUUGCCCAAGUUCCCCACUUCUCAAUACACAGAGGUAACCCCCAGCUUAAUGGCAUAUCCCUCUUCUUCUUCAUUGUUACCUACUCCGGCGAGUUAUGUCUCGGGUCCAUUGCGAAAUGAGGCAUAUCACCCAUAUGAGGUGAAACAUAUGACAGAAUUUCGAGAUCCUAUGGAGACCAAUGCCUCUGCAUUAUACAUUUGCCAGGGAAUUGGUGGGUAUCCUGUUGCUAAGAAUGCUGAGUUGUUGGGUGGACAAGAAGCUAAUGAUCCCCAUAUAAAUGAAACAGCCACAUUUAAGUCAACAUCUUUUCAGCAAGACCGUAAUCACCUUGACGAGCCAGGAGCUACCAAAGAAGAUUUUCCUCCAUCACCUUCGGACCAUCGAAGCAUCUUGGUUUCAUUAUCAAUCCGGAGUGUCUGGAAAGGAACCGUUUGUGAACGGGCUCAUCUAUUACGUAUGAGAUACUAUGGGAGCUUUGACAAGACCUUGGGAAGGUUUCUAAGAGACGAUUUAUUUGCUCAGAGUUACCGCUGCAGUUCGUGUGAGAUGCCUUCAGAGGCACAUGUUCAUUCUUAUACUCAUCGGCAGGGCAGCCUCACGAUAUCUGUUAAGAAGUUUCCGGAGUUUCUCUUACCAGGUGAACGAGAUGGAAGGAUUUGGAUGUGGCACAGGUGCUUGCUGUGUCCUCGUCUAAGGGGGUUCCCACCUGCAAUUCGUAGAGUAGUAAUGUCUGAACCUGCUCAGGGAUUAUCUUUUGGGAAGUUUCUGGAGCUUAGCUUUUCCAACCAUGCAGCUGCGAAUAGGGUUGCUAACUGUGGUCAUUCUCUGCAUAGAGAUUGUCUCCGAUUUUACGGGCUUGGUAAUAUGGUCGCUUGCUUUCGAUAUGCAUCAAUUAAUGUUCACUCAGUAUACCUUCCACCCUCGAAACUUGAUUUCAGCUACGGAAAUCCAGAGUGGUUACAGAAAGAGGUCAAUCAGGUGGUCGACAGGGCAGAACUUCUAUUUACUGAAGUACUUAAUGCUCUCCGGCAGAUUGCAAUAAAAAGAAUAGGCACCUUAUCAGUAAAAGUGGCAGAAUCAAGACGUCACAUUGGAGAUCUCGAAGAGUUGCUUCAGAAGGAGAAGGUAGAAUUUGAGGAAUCUCUCCAGAAAGUUAUAAAUAGGGGAGUAAGGAAAGGGGAGAUAACGACGGAUAUACUUGAGAUUAAUCGAUUGCGAGUGCAGUUGCUCUUCCAUUCAUAUGUGUGGGACCAGCGACUGAUACGUGCAGCAAAAUCAUAUAACAGCAGCCUCCAGGAAGGGCUCAACAGCUCUAUACAAAAAUGUACAGAAGAGUCUUUAAGUACUAUAGAGAAGCUUGUAUCAACAAACUCAACUUCCAAGCAAGGUGACUCCAUGCUUACAGAUGUAAUAUGUGAUAAAAAUUCCAAGCUGGAAGUAAGUGGUGAGCAGGUGAAUUCCUUACCAAAUGAUAACACCACAGGGCCACAUCUUUCUUCAAGCUUAAGUUUAAAAACCCCAGCCGAUCCUUUAGAGACUGGGAUACAUGUACGGAGGGCAAUCUCGGAGGGUCAGUUUCCGAUUGUAGCAAACCUCGAUGCAGCAUGGACGGGUGAAAACAUGCCAGGAAGUAUGAUACUGGAUGUAAAUAGUUCUGCACAUACUGAAGUGGCAGCAGAUUCAUUGACUAAAGGCGAAACUGAUAUGGAAAGGUUAAAGUUGGAAAAGAGUUUCGAAGGCCUGGGUGUGGCUGAAGUAACCGAAUCUCAUCGUCCCGUAUUGCCCAUGAAAGUGGCAGAUAACUCAGACGAAAACACGGGAUGGAUUGGGAUGCCCUUCCUGAACCUGUACCGCUCUUAUAACAAGAGUUCUUCAGAGAAUAACAACACUUCAAAGCUUGAGCCCCUCAAUGAUUAUAAUCCUGUUUAUGUCUCAUCAUUUUAUGAACUGGAACGCCAGGGGGGGUCUAGAUUUAUUCUUCCUAUUGGUGCAAAUGAAACUGUUGUGCCAAUUUAUGACGAGGAGGCAACAAGUAUCAUAGCACACGCUCUAGUGUCAAAAGAUUAUUACGUUCAGAUGUCUGAUGAGUGGGAGAGGCCCAAGGAUGGGGCAGAAUCUUCUGUUCUUUUGCCACUUUAUGAUUCAUUGAAUCUUCAGUCGCCAUUUCAAUCUUUCGAGGAAACUGCCUCUGAAUCGCUUAGAAGUCUUGGGACUAUGGAUAGUAGCAUUUUAUCCAUGUCUGGUUCUCGGAGCUCUAUGAUUUCAGAUCCACUCGUGUAUACAAAGGCCUCGCAUGUUAGAGUGACAUUCAGUGACGAUAGUCCACUUGGGAGGGUGAAGUAUGCUGUGACUUGUUACUAUGCAAAGGGGUUUGAAGCCUUAAGGAGGACAUGUUGCCCAUCUGAGCUAGAUUUCGUAAGGUCCCUUAGUCGUUGUAGUGAUUGGAAUGCGCAGGGUGGUAAGAGCAAUGCUUAUUUUGCUAAAUCAUUGGAUGAUCGGUUUAUCAUCAAAGGGCUAACCAAGACAGAAUUAGAGUCAUUUAUCAAGUUUGCACCAGAGUAUUUUAAGUAUCUAUCUGAAUCAAUCGGCACAAGAAGCCCAACUUGCCUGGCGAAGAUUCUGGGGGUCUAUCAGGUUACAACAAAGCAUCUUAAAGGAGGGAAGGAACAGAAAAUGGACGUUCUGGUUAUGGAGAACCUUUUGUUCAAACGCACUGUUACAAGGCUUUAUGACCUGAAAGGAUCGUCCAGGUCAAGGUACAAUCCAGAUGCAAGUGGGAAAAACAAGGUUCUUCUGGAUCAGAACCUGAUUGAAGCAAUGCCAACUUCUCCGAUUUUUCUUGGAAACAAAGCAAAGAGACUGCUUGAGAGAGCUGUCUGGAAUGAUACUUCCUUUCUUGCAUCGAUUGAUGUGAUGGAUUACUCGUUACUAGUGGGUGUGGACGAGGAGAAGAACGAACUUGUCCUUGGAAUCAUAGAUUUUAUAAGGCAGUACACCUGGGACAAGCACCUCGAAACAUGGGUCAAGGCUUCAGGUUUCCUAGGAGGUUCGAAAAAUGAGUCCCCCACUGUAAUCUCACCAAAGCAAUACAAGAAGCGGUUCAGAAAAGCUAUGUCAACCUACUUCCUUAUGGUCCCAGAUCAAUGGUCCCCUCCAACUAUCAUUCCCAGCAGCUCCCAGUCUGAUCUCGAGAGCUUGCACGGUGCAGGAACUUCUCAUGAUUGAACAUAUAUAGUAUACGAGCCACUGAAGGUGGUAAUCUGUGCAUAAUUUCGUCAACUCGAGGUUUUGGGUGGUGGAGGAACUUCUCAUGAUUGAAUAUAUACGUAGUAUCCUGUGCAUAUUUUGUCAGCUCAAGGUUGAUGCUCGGAAAGGUAUAUAUAUCCUUCUCUCCCCCCGAGCCCUUGAUGAAAAUUUUUGUUUCUUCCUUUUUUGUUUAGGCUAUAGAUCUUAUUCUUGUUUACAGAAUCUGUCGAUAAUUCAUCGGAAAUUGCAUAAAUAGGCAGGCUGUUUUAGUGCCAAGAGUAUAUUUUUCGGACAGUCAUCAGUGUAGAGAGGAUUAGAUGACUGUCAGUCUCAGUGAAUAUUAUGUACAAAAAAAAGAAAAAAACUAUUGGGUUACUGGAAUGAUAGCAGAAAUUUUUUGCGAUUU